UGUUGCUUAUUCUUCAUGAAUUUUUGGGUCACAGUCAGGCCCAAUUCAAUUGGACUUGUAAGGCCCAAAACGAUCUAUCCACCAUACCAAUCCAGACCCGAAACGAAUCAAGUCGGACCUGUUCUGUUUCUGUUUGUGAGAGACACAACACAACAUAGAAGAGGUGAUUUCCGUCCCAACAGUAAAACCUUCACUGCAGAAAAAACCGAAAUUCCAUUUGUGUAUUUUUUUUCCCCCUCUCAGAUAAUAAAAUGCAAAAACUGGAACUUUUGGGAGCUAGAAGGUGGCUCUGUAGGAGCAUUUCUUCAAACCCAUUGCGGGUGUGUGUUGUUGGAAGUGGCCCUGCUGGUUUCUACACUGCCGAGAAGGUUGCCCACGCCUUUUGGGUUGGUUCGCUCCGGUGUUGCACCCGAUCACCCUGAAACCAAGAUUGUCAUCAACCAGUUUUCAAGAGUGGCACAUCAUGAACGAUGCUCAUUUUUGGGGAAUGUGACCCUUGGAUCCAGCAUUUCUCUCUCUGAAUUACGCGAGCUGUAUCACGUGGUUGUCCUUGCAUAUGGUGCCGAAAGUGAUAGAAGUCUUGGUAUUCCAGGGGAGAACUUGAAAGGGAUACAUUCAGCUAGAGAGUUUGUUUGGUGGUAUAAUGGGCACCCGGAUGGACGAAAUCUUGAGCCAGACCUAAAGAGUACUGAUACAGCUGUAAUCCUUGGCCAGGGAAAUGUUGCUUUAGAUGUUGCAAGGAUUCUUUUACGACCUACUACAGAGUUAGCAACAACUGAUAUUGCCAGUCAUGCAUUGGCUACUUUAGAGGAGAGCUCUAUCAGGGUGGUUUAUUUGGUUGGAAGACGUGGUCCAGCCCAAGCAGCUUGUACUGCAAAAGAACUACGUGAAAUUCUUGGUAUUCAUAAUGUUGAUAUUUUCAUUCAGGAAUCUGAUCUACUUUUAACCCCAGUUGAUGAGGAAGAACUUAAGAGUAACCGAAUACAGAGAAGAGUUCAUGAGUUGCUCUCUAAGGCUGCUACCUCGAAACCUAAACAUGCUUGUUUGAACCAACGUGAGCUCCAUUUUGUCUUCUUCCGUAAGCCAAAUAGUUUUCAAGAGUCGAAAGACAGAGCUGGCCAUGUUUCUGGCAUGCAUUUUGAGAAGACAGUUCUUCAAGGUGUUAGCCCUGGCAAACAGAUUGCUGUUGGUGCUGGAGAAUUUGAAGAUAUAAAAUGCGGGAUGGCACUUAAGAGCAUUGGUUACAGAUCAGUACCAGUUGAUGGCUUACCUUUUGAUCAUAAGAAAGGUGUAGUUCCAAAUGAUAGAGGACGAGUGUUGAGUGACCCUUCAGAUCCUUCAGUUCUUGAAAAGGGCUUGUAUGUAUGUGGAUGGCUGAGGAGAGGACCGACUGGAAUUAUCGCCACAAACCUCUAUUGUGCAGAAGAAACUGUUUCGAGCAUAUCAGCAGACCUUGAAAACGGAGGGUUGAUUUCGUCAUCAACCUUGCCCAAACCUGGCAGGGACGGACUUCUCCAGCUUCUGCAUGAUAGAAAUGUCAGAGUAGUUUCAUUAAGUGAUUGGGAAAAGAUAGACUCUGAAGAAAGGAGGCUUGGAAGUUCAAGGAACAAACCUAGGGAAAAACUAGCCAGCUGGGAUGAACUAUACAAAACUACCUCAUAAUGAAUCAAUUAUUUCACAUGAUACUUCAUUAUUUUAGCUUGAUAAACAUCUUAUCGUACACCAAGAACAGUAAAUAAUUUAUACACAUUUGUUGGCGAAGUCAUCCUCUUUAUCUGUUGUAAUGCCCCCACUUUAUUUUGUUACAUUAUUUUUUAAAAGCAGAAAUCCCUUUGAAGAGUUCUUUUAGUUUUAAUUUUCAGUUCUAAUCUUUGUCGUCAUGCAUACCUGCGGACAGAGGCAUGAAUUUUUGGAUUGAUCACAAAUCAUGUAUCAAAGAACCUGUUGAGCAAUGAUAAUUGUCUUGUUGUUGCCUUAC